CUCUCUCUCACCCAUUCAAAAGCACUUCACAAGUCACAGAGUUGGUCUCUCUCUCUCUAUGCUCAAGUUUCCUUACCAGUUUGCAUGCUUCUCUCUCCUCUCUCUCUCUCUCUCUGCUGUCUGUAAACUUUCUUUCUCACCAAUUCAGAAGCACUUCACAAGUCACAAAGUUGGUCUCUCUCCGACUCUCUCCUCUGUAUUUUCUCUCUCUACUCUCUCUCACCUCUCUUGUUUUUCAUUAUGGUGACGUCCCACCAAAGUGAGUAGCAAAACCAAGGAACUUCACUUCUACAGUUCUACUUAUAAGUUUCUUUCGUUUCUUCUAUAAUCCCCAGCAAACCAAACACACCCUUUUCUCAAGACACCCUCCAUCACUUUCCCUUCUAAGAAAAGACCGAAAAAAAGAAGGAAAAAAAGAAUCUCUCUGGUGAAAGCUUCUUGCUGUUCUUCCCUGAACAAGAAAAAGAAUUGUUGACAGAAACCCACAAAGAUUUUUUUGUUCUUCCUAAGAUGUUUGUUUCUUGGGUAGGCUCUGAUUGGCUAAACUAUAAUAUUUUGUCAUUUGUGAGCAUUCUUUUAUCUGUUUGAGGAGAAGAUGGGAACUAGUAGUGGAUUUCAUGGACUUUCUGGCUGAGGAAAUGGUAGAGAUGAACUAACUUCUCCAGAGUAACCAAUCCGCUGCCAAGAAUGGAGUUAUCGUUCGAGCGGAUUCAAUCAUCAUAUAUAUUCUGAGGAUUCUCAACUCCUUGAGUUGGCAUUUUAGACUCGUUUCCAAUGGAGAAGUUUCCUGGUUGUUUCCUCCACUCUCUGUUGAUCUUUCUCUUCAUUUUGAGUCUUUUUGUUACAAGUCUGCCUCUUCCGACCGAGACUCAAGCGUUGCUUCGUUUCAAAGAGAAUCUCAAAGACCCUUCGGGUUUUCUUCAUUCUUGGGUUGAUUCUGAAUCCCCUUGUGGAUUCUCCGGGAUUACUUGUGAUCGGGUUUCUGGAGAAGUCGUAGAAAUUUCCUUGGAAAACAAGUCGCUUACCGGUGAGAUUUCUCUGUCAAUUUCUGCUCUGCAAAGUCUCACAACACUUUCAUUGGCCACAAACCACAUUUCUGGGGAGCUCCCCUACCAACUGAUCAACUGUAGCAAUCUUAGAGUACUGAACCUUACAGACAAUGAAAUGGUUGGUAAGAUUCCGGAUCUUUCUCAGCUGAGAAAAUUGGAGGUUCUAGAUCUAUCAAGCAACUUGUUCUCUGGCCAAUUCCCAAUCUGGGUUGGAAAUUUAACUGAAUUGGUUUCUCUGGGUCUUGGUGAAAAUGAUUUUGAGGCUGAUGAAAUACCAGAAUCUAUUGGAAAUCUGAAGAACUUAACUUGGCUAUAUCUAGCAAAUGCACAACUGAGAGGGGAAAUACCAGAGUCUCUUUAUGAACUGAAGGCAUUACAGACACUGGAUCUUUCAAGGAACAAGAUUUCUGGGAAGAUCUCCAAGUCAAUAUCCAAGUUACAGAAUCUGAAUAAGCUUGAGCUUUUUGUAAACAAUUUGACUGGAGAAAUCCCACCAGAGAUUGCAAACCUUACCCUUCUGCAAGAAAUCGAUAUUUCUGCAAAUAGUUUGAGUGGGGAGUUGCCUGAAGAGGUUGGGAAUCUGAGGAAUUUGGUGGUUUUUCAGUCGUAUGAAAACAACUUCUCUGGAAAGCUUCCUGAAGGGUUUGGAAAUAUGCAAAAUCUUAGUGCAUUUUCAAUCUAUAGGAACAAGUUUUCAGGGGACUUCCCAGCGAAUUUCGGCCGAUUCGCACAGCUCAACAGCAUUGACAUAUCGGAGAAUAAAUUUUCUGGGAACUUCCCCAGGUUCUUGUGUGAGAAUAGGAAGCUGCAGUUCUUACUUGCUCUGGAAAAUAGAUUUUCAGGGGAGCUGCCACUUUCCUUUUCUGAGUGCAAGACACUGCAAAGAUUAAGAAUCAAUAAUAAUCAAAUGUCUGGAAAGAUUCCAGAUGGGGUAUGGGCUCUUCCUUAUGCAAAAAUGAUUGAUUUCAGUGUUAAUGAAUUCAGUGGAGUCAUAUCCCCAAACAUUGGGUUAUCUACCAACUUGAGCCAAUUGGUUUUGCUAAACAAUAAGUUUUCAGGUAAGCUUCCACCAGAGCUUGGCAAGUUGACAAACUUAGAGAGGCUUCACUUGAGUAAUAAUGACUUCUAUGGAGAAAUACCUUCUGAAAUUGGUUUUCUGAGGCAACUUUCAUCAUUACAUCUGGAAAGAAACUGGUUGAAUGGAUCAAUCCCACUAGAGAUUGGCAAUUGUGAAAGACUGGUGGACAUAAAUUUUACUCACAACUCUUUAAGUGGGAGCAUUCCAUCUUCAUUUUCAUUCAUCAGCUCUUUGAACUCACUGGAUCUCUCAAGCAACAAACUUACAGGUAUAAUCCCAGAGUACCUGGAGAAAAUGAAACUAAGUUCGAUAGAUUUGUCGGGAAAUCAGCUGUUUGGAAGAGUUCCUUCCAGUCUUCUGGCAAUGAGUGGAGACAGAGCAUUUCUGGACAACAAAGAACUCUGUGUUGAUGAAAACUACAGAGAAAGGGUAAAUACCAGUCUGAGUACUUGUACUGGAAAACAUAGUCAGAAAGGGGUGUUUGAAGAUAAACUUGUGUUUUUCAGUAUCAUAGUAUCCAUAUUGGUUUGUGUAUUAGCAGGGUUAGUGUUGGUAAGUUGUAACUACUUGAAGCUCGGUGGGACUGGCUUAGAGAUCAGUAGUCCGGAGGGGGACCGAGAAGGGGCUCCAGAAUGGAAAAUCGCAUCAUUCCAUCAAGUCGAAUUUGAUGCAGAUGAAAUAUGCAGUUUCGAAGAAGAUAACUUGAUAGGGAGCGGAGGAACGGGAAAAGUUUAUCGGUUGGAUCUGAAGAAAAAUGGCGGAACAGUGGCGGUUAAGCAACUCUGGAAAGGAGAUGCAAUGAAGGUUUUGGCAGCAGAAAUGGAGAUUUUGGGGAAGAUAAGGCACAUAAAUAUAUUGAAGCUCUAUGCCUGCUUAAUGAGAGAAGGAUCUAGUUAUCUAGUUUUUGAAUAUAUGGCUAAUGGCAACUUGUGUGAAGCACUUCAAAGACAGAUCAAAGGUGGACUGCCUGAAUUGAACUGGUUUCAGAGGUACAGAAUUGCCUUGGGAGCAGCAAGGGGAAUUGCUUACUUGCACCAUGAUUGUUCACCACCUAUAAUUCAUAGAGAUAUAAAAUCAACAAACAUACUUCUUGAUGGAGAUUAUGAACCAAAAAUUGCAGAUUUUGGGGUUGCAAAAAUUGCAGAGAAAUUUCAAAGUGUUUCUGAGCACAGCUCUCUUGCUGGCACUCAUGGUUAUAUUGCUCCUGAGCUAGCAUAUACUCCAAAAGUUUCAGAAAAGAGUGAUGUGUACAGUUAUGGUGUGGUGCUACUAGAAUUAGUUACCGGAAGGAGACCGAUCGAAGAUGAAUAUGGAGAAGGAAAAGAUAUUGUGUAUUGGGUCUCAACACACCUCGAUGACCGUGAAAACGUCCUCAAGCUUCUAGACAUCAAAGUUGCAUCAGAAGUCGUCCAGAACAACAUGAUUAAAGUCCUGAAGAUUGCUGUACUUUGCACGACAAAGCUUCCAUCACUCCGCCCUUCAAUGAGAGAGGUAGUGAAGAUGCUUUUAGAUGCUGAUCCUUACUCUUCGUCAAUGUCCCUGAACAACAGUUCAAAUAAAAACAUGAAGGAUUUUGUUUAGUUCAUCAAUGAGAAUGUAAGAUUCGGUCAUUGCCGUAAUGAUCAAAGUACUCAGGAUUUUUGCGGUUGCUAUCAGAAUCUUUGGCCAUCGUACAUAAGAGCAAUGGCCUGUAUCCUGCUCUGGAGAUCUCUCGUGAAUUCAGACCUUAGCAUAAAACUAAGGAUAAUAUAUUUGUAGAGCUCAUCAAAUUAAGUGUGUAUAAGAUAACUUUCUUUUCUGAAGACUA